GAUGGAGUCGACGUCCUCGAGACCAGGAGGUGUGGUGUGUGAGUCGACGAGUGCUUCGGAGCCAGUUGUAGAUGUUGGUGUGGGCAGGUUGUCUGAGUUGAGAUCUGUCGGUGGCACGGGUGAUUCAUUGUGUGUGGAUGAGGUUGGUGCAAGUGUGGUGGACUUGAAGAGCGAUCAAUUGGAGUCAGUGACUCGUCCAUCCGACUUGAUGAUGACCGAUGUGAGAGUGGGUGAACGUGGUGAGAUGAGUGUCGGUCGUGACGCGACACCAGUGCACAGAGGCGGUGAUGAAUCUGAGGGUGUUGUGUCAUCAGAGACGAUUUCUGAGUACGGUGUAUCUGGUGUGGAUGUGGAUGACGUUGAUGUGAAGAGGCGAGCGAUGCAGACGAGUGAGGAUGUUUUGUCGUCGAGUAGAGAUGGUGUUGUGAUGGGUGUGUGUUCGACGAGUGUAUCCGAGUUGUUGUCGGACAUGACAGAGAGACGAGGUGUGGACAGUGGUUUGGAUUCGGACAUGCUGUCGUCAGAUGGUGUUAGGUAUGGAGAAGUGUCUGUUGUGCCUGACCAGCGUGGACUUCAGUUACGUGAGGCGAUUGAAGCGGGUCUUGUUGACACAAAGUCUGGACUAGUUCGUGAUCCGUCUAGUGGCGAGGUGUUGACGUUGUCACAGGCUGUGAACAGUGGUCUUAUAUCGGGUGAGCGGUCGUUGGUUCGCGAUCCUAGUUCCGGACGUCUCGAGAGUCUUGGUAGAGUGAUGUUGACAGGUUUGUUGGCGCCUGUAGGUUUGAUUGCUCUGGCGAUGGAGUCGACGUCCUCGAGACCAGGAGGUGUGGUGUGUGAGUCGACGAGUGCUUCGGAGCCAGUUGUAGAUGUUGGUGUGGGCAGGUUGUCUGAGUUGAGAUCUGUCGGUGGCACGGGUGAUUCAUUGUGUGUGGAUGAGGUUGGUGCAAGUGUAGUGGACUUGAAGAGCGAUCAAUUGGAGUCAGUGACUCGUCCAUCCGACUUGAUGAUGACCGAUGUGAGAGUGGGUGAACGUGGUGAGAUGAGUGUCGGUCGUGACGCGACACCAGUGCACAGAGGCGGUGAUGAAUCUGAGGGUGUUGUGUCAUCAGAGACGAUUUCUGAGUACGGUGUAUCUGGUGUGGAUGUGGAUGACGUUGAUGUGAAGAGGCGAGCGAUGCAGACGAGUGAGGAUGUUUUGUCGUCGAGCAGAGAUGGUGUUGUGAUGGGUGUGUGUUCGACGAGUGUAUCCGAGUUGUUGUCGGACAUGACAGAGAGACGAGGUGUGGACAGUGGUUUGGAUUCGGACAUGCUGUCGUCAGAUGGUGUUAGGUAUGGAGAAGUGUCUGUUGUGCCUGACCAGCGUGGACUUCAGUUACGUGAGGCGAUUGAAGCGGGUCUUGUUGACACAAAGUCUGGACUAGUUCGUGAUCCGUCUAGUGGCGAGGUGUUGACGUUGUCACAGGCUGUGAACAGUGGUCUUAUAUCGGGUGAGCGGUCGUUGGUUCGCGAUCCUAGUUCCGGACGUCUCGAGAGUCUUGGUAGAAUGAUGUUGACAGGUUUGUUGGCGCCUGUAGGUUUGAUUGCUCUGGCGAUGGAGUCGACGUCCUCGAGACCAGGAGGUGUGGUGUGUGAGUCGACGAGUGCUUCGGAGCCAGUUGUAGAUGUUGGUGUGGGCAGGUUGUCUGAGUUGAGAUCUGUCGGUGGCACGGGUGAUUCAUUGUGUGUGGAUGAGGUUGGUGCAAGUGUGGUGGACUUGAAGAGCGAUCAAUUGGAGUCAGUGACUCGUCCAUCCGACUUGAUGAUGACCGAUGUGAGAGUGGGUGAACGUGGUGAGAUGAGUGUCGGUCGUGACGCGACACCAGUGCACAGAGGCGGUGAUGAAUCUGAGGGUGUUGUGUCAUCAGAGACGAUUUCUGAGUACGGUGUAUCUGGUGUGGAUGUGGAUGACGUUGAUGUGAAGAGGCGAGCGAUGCAGACGAGUGAGGAUGUUUUGUCGUCGAGCAGAGAUGGUGUUGUGAUGGGUGUGUGUUCGACGAGUGUAUCCGAGUUGUUGUCGGACAUGACAGAGAGACGAGGUGUGGACAGUGGUUUGGAUUCGGACAUGCUGUCGUCAGAUGGUGUUAGGUAUGGAGAAGUGUCUGUUGUGCCUGACCAGCGUGGACUUCAGUUACGUGAGGCGAUUGAAGCGGGUCUUGUUGACACAAAGUCUGGACUAGUUCGUGAUCCGUCUAGUGGCGAGGUGUUGACGUUGUCACAGGCUGUGAACAGUGGUCUUAUAUCGAGUGAGCGGUCGUUGAUUCGCGAUCCUAGUUCCGGACGUCUCGAGAGUCUUGGUAGAAUGAUGUUGACAGGUUUGUUGGCGCCUGUAGGUUUGAUUGCUCUGGCGAUGGAGUCGACGUCCUCGAGACCAGGAGGUGUGGUGUGUGAGUCGACGAGUGCUUCGGAGCCAGUUCUAGAUGUUGGUGUGGGCAGGUUGUCUGAGUUGAGAUCUGUCGGUGGCACGGGUGAUUCAUUGUGUGUGGAUGAGGUUGGUGCAAGUGUGGUGGACUUGAAGAGCGAUCAAUUGGAGUCAUUUUGUCGCCCGUCGGACAUGUUUUUUACGGAUCUUAGAUUAAAUGAUAUUGAUAAAACUUUCUUUGAUUAUCCUCUCUCGUGGAAAUGCGGUUCCACUUCUGUUUCUUUGGUUUCUGGUCGUGAUACCAAUGAGAUUUAUCAUUAUGUAAGUUUUUUAUGUAACUCUAGUUUUCGAAGUGUUUGCUUUGUCGUUUGUUAUUUUCUGUAUUGCGUUUAUCGUUUUAUAAGCCUUUUCCUUCUCAUUGUUAUCUGAUAUUUUGUGUUGGUUUACCUAUCUGCAUAUUCUCUUAUUUUCUUGUCUGUUCGUUUCCGUUAUAUUUUUGUUUUUUAAUUUUGUCAAUGUUUUCUACUUGUUGUUCUUGCUCCCAAUUUUUUCCUUCGUUUUUCUUUAGCAGGGUCUUACAUGCUAAUUUGUUGAAUCGUUUCACAUUUUUUAAUCUUUAUUUUUCUCAGGCCUCAUUUUAAUCUUUUUAUUACGUUUUAGUUAUGCAUGUAUAAGAAUGUUUUGUGUUUGAUAUGGGAUUUUCAUCGCAACUGAAUAGAUUUAUGAUUAUUUCAUACUGCAUUUUAAUUUACGUUAUAUGUAUUAAUUUCAUAAUCAUUUUCAUUCUCUUAAUCAAGCUUUUGUAUUCAAGUCUGCAAUCAAUAUCAUUGUUGCUGUCGUAGGAUAUAAAUUAAAACGGUUUUUCAAUGCACCGUUUUUAAAUUGCAUCUCUGGUUAACCGUGGUUUGUAACAACCACUGUUUUUUCUUUAUAUCUAAAUAUCUUUUUUAAAUAUCAGUGAUUUAGAAAUCACUGGUAAAGUUUUAUUUUAUGCUUGUUUAAAGUGAAGAAAUAUUUCCGUUUUUCUGAAUUAUUGAAUUGUUUUUUGUUUAAAGUUUUAUUUGAUAGUUUAUAGAGAGUUUAAAAAUUCAUUAAUCAUUAUUGGAUUACCUCAGUAUAAAUGACUUACAACCACUUUGUAUUCAUUAAUAUCUAACCUUCAUUAAGUGACAAAUGUUCUAAUUUUUUCAUAUCCCUCACAUGGUACACCUUUAAUUAUUUGCUGACUGGCGUAUAUGAUGGUGUAAGUUAGACUUUUCACAUGGAAACUAACAAUACUGAUGUAUCAUAUAGAUUUGAACUGACUUAUAUAGUCUUAAAAUCAGUUACUCACUUCCUGGUGGCACUAAGAUAUUUGUUUCUAUGAUUGAUAUUCCUCUUCUUUGAAAUUUAUCAUUCUGGAUUUCGAUUUAAAAGGCAUUUUAAUAUCUAACGCUCUUAUGCGAUUCUGGUCCUAAUUAUUCUUGGAGAUCUAUCCAAUACUAAUUUUUUGUAUUAGUACCUCAUCGUAUGUUCAUUCGUGGGGACUGACGAGUUCAUGUUAUUCAUAGCGUGUGUACAUCGUUUGUUGCUGAUGGUGGUUAUAUUGUUUUACUAAUCUGAAAAACUAUUUACAAUUCCUUGUAUCUUUUGUGAAGGCGAUAACAUGACUCGGAUAAUGAAAGUUGGUAAACGAAUCCUAGUUCACUAGCUGAAACCGAUACCUCAAAUCAGAACAGAUUUUACAUGAAAAAAUUACCGACCAACCGACUAGUUAUGUAUCAUAGGAGUGUUAUUAAAUGGUGUCAUUUAGGAGCAAUAUUUAUGAAAUUAUUAAUCUAUACGCUUAUUAUUAUUAUUUGAUUUUUGCUGUAUAAAUGAUCAAAUCCGUCAUAAACAAAAUAUAUUUACUACAGAAGUGUGUGUGUUUAACUAGACACUUAUAUAACCCAUCACAUUUUGACACCC